CGCUUCAACACCCCCCACCUCGGCCGUCCCCGCAACCCUGUCCUGUCUUGUCUCUCUCACCUAAGUCUUAACACCCCCUCAGCUGGACUGUACCUUCAACAACCCCCAAAAGCCACUUUCAACACCAACAAACACACUCCAUACUCUGCCUUCUUCGCCCCUUUGACGGAUUUUCCCAUAAACCUUUCUUAUAUAUCACUCACAUUCUCUCUCUAUACCAAUCACAUACACAUAUAAUAUACAAUGGCGUUAACUCCUUCCCAGCUAUCAAAACCAAUUUUCUCCACCAAACCCACCUCACAAGCAUCGAUUUUUUCACUACUCACAAGCCAGAAAAUCAAAUCUCGGCCGUUUACAAUCCGUAGUUCCAUUUCCGUUGCACCUGCUGCUACUGCAGCAAAGGUGGCCUCGGAAAAGAUCAAGACAGUGAAGGCGCGGCAGAUCAUAGAUAGCAGAGGCAAUCCGACGAUCGAGGUCGAUCUUGUUACGGGUGAAGAUUCGCUGUAUCGAUCUGCUGUCCCAAGUGGCGCCUCCACUGGGAUCUAUGAGGCCCUCGAGCUCAGAGAUGGGGACAAGAGUGUUUAUGGGGGUAAAGGGGUUCUCAAUGCUGUUAAAAAUGUCAAUGAUUUCUUGGGUCCAAAGCUCACUGGUGUUGAUGUCAGGUAAAAUUAAUGGUCUCUUUGAAAAUCCCCCUUUUCCACUUUGAGGGACUGUUGUGCGUUAGUUUUAUGCUUGCUAAACAGUGUUUCAAAAAGCUUGGCUAAGCAUUGAGGCCAAGCUUACUGAUCUAGGCGGCGUAAAAAAGUGUUUUUUGAUUUUAAUAUCAUUUUUAAUUUUUAUUCAA